AUGGUGCAGCUCUCUUUGUUCACCAUCACCACCACAGCACGCACGUCCAACCCGCGCACCAUGGCUGACGACUCCAAAGGCGGCCGGAUCGCCAUCAAAUUUGGUGCGUCGUCCUCCUCGAAACCCAAGACGCCCGCCUCGUCCCUCGGCAAGCGGCCGCGCACCACCUCGUCGCAUGCCUUUGGCGGCGGCGCCGACUCCGACUCCGAUGACGAACGCCACCACCGCGGCAGGCACGAGGCCAUUACCGGCUUCGGCGCUGACGGCGCCGAGACGGAGCGCAAGAAGAAGGAGGCCGAGGCCAAGGCCGCCAAGAAGGACUACGUGAUUGCGCGCCAGCCCAACCGCGACUGGCGCGACGAGAUCAAGGAGCAGCGCAACUCGCGGCGCGGCAAGAACCUCUUGCCGGCAGAGGCGCGCGCGGCACAGAACGGAACUACCACGGUCGACACCGCGCCGGCGGACCAGGACUCGGGUAUCCAAUGGGGCCUCACCGUCAAGGAGAAGCAGUCUGCCCCCACCGACACGGCGACGGCAGAGGUAGCCGACAAAGACACACAGCAACAGGGCGAGCCUGCAGAGAAGCAACCGCCCGCGCCACAAACCGCCGAUGAUGAAGCUUUGGACGCCCUGCUCGGCAAGCGACCCGCCAAGGAGGACAAGGUCAUCGUCACCGAAGACGACGCCUACACGCGGGACGUCUCCGCCGCCGGCGCCGCCUCCACGCUCGCAGACUACGAGGCGAUGCCCGUGGAGGAAUUCGGCGCGGCGCUGCUUCGCGGGAUGGGCUGGAACGGCGAGCCACGUGGCGGCGGCGGCGGCGUGAAGCCCAAAGCGGCGCCGCAGCGACGGCAGAACCGCCUCGGGCUCGGCGCCAAGGCGCUCAACGAGGCCGAGGACCUGGGCGGCUGGGACCAAAAAGGCGGUGCUGGGAUGAAGAAGAAGCGGCCGCCGAAGCUGGCCGACUACCGACGAGAAGAGGAGAAGAAAAAGGAGGAGCGGAGGAGCGGCAGCGGGCGCGGGGAGGACAGCUACAAGAAGGAGAGGGAGAGGGAGCGCGAGGAUCGGGAACGUCACCGGGGUAAUGAUAGAGACCGCAGGCGGUAG